AUGCAACUGGAAGGUGGUACCAACGACAUGAAUGGUCUUCGACAGGCCGCAUCGUCGGAGUAUCUCCAACGUCGCAGUUUACCACGCAAGGAUGCGAUGGAUGUGUUGGCUGAACAGCUGCAUGCCGAGCAAGUUCGGCGAGAGCGCGACGCCGAGCGACAGCGUCUGCUGGAGGCUGCGCGCUCGCAUCAUUCACGGACGUCGCUGCAACGCACCAACGAGAGCAGCAGCUCGAACGAGGGCUCUGCGUCCACACCGAUGAUGGGUCUGCCCUGGCCGGCAGACUCGAACCAUUUACAAGGCCAUGAUCAUGUCAUGCAGCCACCGGAAAUGUGGCGUGUGCAGGCGCACGGUUUUCUCGUCGGACACCAGAUGCACACCAAUGAUCAUGGCGGCUGGUGGGUCGAGCGCUGGGGCCAACGCCGGGUCAAUGCGAGCGGGCCACUCACUGGCGAUGAGCGAAACGACUACGUACGAUUCGGGGACAAGUUCGGCAUUGAUCCGGACGGCUGCAGAUGGUCGGAGUGGUGGCUUGAGUUACCAGAACGGCCGGGGGUUGCUCGUGGCUACAAAUGGGGUCGCAAAACCAACGGCUCCGAGUGGAAUGAUCAGUGGGAGCGUUAA